UAUUAACCUCGACAAACGUAAUUUCAAUCUUGUAUAAAAGACUUGUGGAUUAGGAACAAAGUAUCAGUACAGAUCUGAUCUUCGUCUUAAAGCAGUAACAAAAUCUCUUCACCACCAACACCAUGUUCUUCAAGGUGGUUUGUGUACUAUCUGUAGCUGUGGCGGUGGUCUCCGCUUACGGGCACUCGUCCCAGUUUGUACAUAAAUACGACGGACACCACGAGCCUGUAUACCAUGGAUAUGGCCAUCAUGACUACUAUACACACCCUAAGUUCGAGUUCGGCUACAAAGUAGACGACGACCACACUGGCGACCACAAGUCGCAGCACGAGCACCGCGACGGUGACGUCGUCAAGGGCCACUACUCGCUGCACGAGCCUGACGGCUCCGUCAGGGACGUGCACUACCACGGCGACCACCACAGCGGCUUCCACGCGGAUGUGAAGCACAGCACUCACCACAUCGUGCCUCAUCACCAUCAUUACUAAAACAGCCGAUCGUACUUUUAAAGGACUAAAUUACUUUUAUACUUUUGAUGGUUUUAUA